AUGACGGUCCACACUCAGCCCGACGUUAGAACGGUGACUCUUUCCGACGAGGAGCGCCUCAAUGGGAAAUAUACCGAUUGGUCCCUCCAACAGGCCCUUGAGGCGAUGCACCAGGAUGGCCUGGUUGUACUUAAGGGUGUUGUGGAUUUAGAUCACAUCAAAGCCCUGAAUGAGCGAAUGAGCGCAGAUGCCGAAAAGAAAAGAGAUGACCCAAACCAAGUAUAUAACCACUCAGUGAAAUCGAAUUUUCUACAAAGACCACCCGUUACCGAACCAAGCCUUCUAUACGAUGAUAUUUACUACAACAAAUUUGUACUCCAGUUAGCGAACGCAUAUCUCGGCCACAAACCAAUCUGGAACUGGCUAACGGCCAACACCGCCCUCGCCAACACAGGAGGAAUGCGCCAAGCAGUUCACAAAGAUAAUGCCUUCGUUCAUCCGCAAUAUCCCUACUACUUCAUCGCAAACAUACCUCUAUGCUCGACCAGCAUCGAAAAUGGAGCGACAGAAUUCUGGCUUGGCUCCCACGCCCACACAUCAAAUAAGGAUCAAACAAUCGCCACCAAGCCAGAGCAGAUUACCGCUCAUUAUAUGCUCGGAGAACCUCUCCCAGCCGUUACUGAAGAAGCGAUAAAGGCACGUAGAUCGAUUCGUCCUCCGAUCCAGGCAACUUGCUGCGCAGGAGACAUUAUGAUCCGUGAUCUGAGACUUUGGCAUGCGGGUAUGCCGAAUGCAACUGACUCUCACCGUAUCAUGCUUGGGCUUGGGUACCAGAAUCCCGUUUUCCCUAAUACUAGCAUGAUGUGUCACCUCCCAGCCUCGCAGAAGGAAUUCUUCGAAAAGGCCCCCGGGAAUCUGGAGCUUCGUGCUGAGUUCUAUGACGACGAGGAAUUCAAAGAAACAAGCUUAGACUCUGUUUUUAAUUUGCGGCCUGUAUAUGCUAAGUAA